AACUUCCGGACGAGUUUUUGUUGUGCAUCUGUUCACGUUCUUUCUAGUUCCGGUUUGUGGAUACGGUAUGUAUAUUUUUAAGCCUCUGCUUAGAUGACAAUUUAAUCUGUUCUAUUAUUUUCUUAUAAGCUAUAACAUUCCAUUAUUAAAAACUAAAUUAAAAUUAGGUAUGGUUUAUCGCAUUUUAUUUGAUGGAUGAAUGCAAAUGUAUUGAAUUUUUUACGAUUGAUGGGACAUAUCCAAGUCUACAAACUAAGUAACCUAUUUUCGACUCAAAAGAUGCUGAUGGUUAUAAUCUGUAUAUUAAUGAUGCCAAUUCUAGUCUUUUUAAAAAGAUGUACAAAUUCAGUUCAUUCGCUUAAUUUUUGGAUUUUUUGUAAAUGUGUUUGGGGUUCAUUUCAGCACAACGUUGUCCCUGUGUGUAGCGUUUUUAUUUAAGAGUAAGACACAAUGGUUGGAUUAUAGCCAGGAUUAUGAAAUUAUGAUCAUGACACAUGAUCAAAAAGUAAAUAAAGAUAGCCUGGGUUUAGAUAUAUAGACCUACCCUGUGGCCCAUGGCUAUAAAGUAUAAAGUUUUUUAAAAAAAUUAUUCAAUUCUGUUUGAAGUAAAAAUCUAAAGCUAUUAAAAUUUGUUUUCUUUUGAACAGUUUCACAAUGGCCGAGAAACCCCAGGCGCAGCCCAAUCCCGCGAAGAAAUCUGGCAGGUGAGUUAUGCAGAGAGUUUGUAGUGUUAGGCUUCUUUUUCAAACUGUGUCCCAGUCCUAGCAGACAAGUCCCAUGGUGGGGUUAGGCCGUAGACAGUCUAGUGACGCAGGUGCGCACAGAGCACUGCCCCAUUGGCACAUACUUCUGGAGGCUAGAUCGCAACAGGGACCCUACUGCUGUGAUUGCAGCCUGGUCCCGGAAACACUAGCGCACCUGUUGUAUGUCCCUCAUUAGAUUUGGGGUAUGCCAGGUUGGUUGGAGAACCCUAUGUGAGGAAAAUGUUGUAUGGCUCAGCUCAGCAGAUGUAGCUGGUAGCCAAUGUACUAGGUCAUUAGAGUAGUUUCAUGCCCUCACCAGUAUAUGUGCGUUAGUUGACUAAAUCAGGAUCAUGAUGUAUGCAAUAUUCUUCACAGGUUGCAUGUAUGCAAUCCUGUGCUACAUGUUAAUUAGGCCAAAUAUCCAAAGUUUUUUUUAUGAAAGGUUUUAGUUAUAUUUAAUAAUAAUAAAGAUUAUUUAAAAAUCACACUUCAUCCCCAAAGGCUCGAAUAUUUAUAUUGUCGAUUUCUCAGCUGAAAACGUAUGCUAAUUUCCAAACAUGCUGCUGCUUUGUAAACUUUCUUACUGGAUGGGUAUAUUUUACAAGUUUGCAGAUUACAGUACCACAGUGGUGGUCACCGGUAAUUCAUUCAGGUUCUCUAUCAUAUGCUUUGGGGAUGCUAGAUGCUUCCUAUGAAAGAGACAUGAGGGUGCUGGGUGGCCGAGCGGUCUAAACUGUCUCAAACCAAAUGGCUGGUGGUCUGGCGUUCAAUACCUGCCAAAGCCAACAUCCCAAGUACCCCGGGUGGAUGGGACUCAUUAGCCUUGGAGGCAACCCAUCUAAGAGAAGGCAAACUGAACUGAAUUUAAACCAGGAGCCAGAAUGAUCAACAAAUGGAUAGUGGGCCCCUUAAAUAUAAGAAGAAGAAGAGACAAGUAGCCUACUGGUAUUAUUAACAUUCAGCAGUGAGGAUAGUUGGGACAGUUCUUAAAAUAUGUAAUGGUGCAUACGUUCUUCAAUAAUAUGCCUAUACCAUUUGAACUUGCUGUGAGGAACUGUUGACAAUGUACUGCUAAAAAACGUCUCGUGCCAUCCCUUAAGCCUAAGCAAAUAUAAUGUCCACUUCCCCAGUACGAGUAUUUUCAUUUAAUUAACUUGAUUGGGAAGCUCUUCCAAUAUAAGAAUAUAUUGAGAUUAUUUAUAGUGAAUAUAGUGUGUUUUUUAAGAACUUGAUAUCAAUGAUUUAUAUUAGGGCUCUAUGGCACUAUAAGACUUGGUUUUUUUGUAGGAAUAUGGAUAACUUAAGUCAUUGGUCAGUCUUACAAAUAAAAUAAAAAAAUACUAUGAAAUAGUGCAAGGUCUAAUAUUACAGUUAUGAUAACUACAAAAUGAAAAGGCUGUGAUAGGACUGGUAUAGUUUAUUUGCAUUCAGUGGUAAUGACUAGAAUUACAUUUUUAUUUACUUUGUUCUAUCUUGGAUACAAGUAGUAGUAUAAUAUUCAGCAUUUGGGAAGAAGAUAUUUUCAUUGCUGAUUACAAAUUUUCUAUAAUAAUAAAUACUUCAGUUUUUAGAUUUCUAAUACAGAUUUUAAAUAUAUUUCUGUAGUCGUUUCCAGUUCAAAUUAUGUUGUACAUUUUCUUUUUAGGCUAUACUGCAAAGCAGUUUUUACUGGUUACAAGAGAGGUCACAGAAAUCAACAUGAGACCACAGCUCUGUUAAAGAUUGAGGGUGUGACUACAAAGAAUGAGACAGACUUCUACCUUGGCAAGAGAUGUGCUUAUGUGUACAAGGCUAAAAGGUGAGAGAUUCAUAAUAAGAAAACAAUUUGUUAGAGAAAAUGAGUUUUUAAACUUCUUUACAUGAAAUUGUUUUAACAUAUCAGAUUAGGUCAUCUAAUUCAGAAAUAACUUAGUUAAUAAACUAAUUAAUUUCCAGACUCACAGCAUGUCCUGGACAUGAUAAACCAAGUCGUUUGAGAGUAAUUUGGGGUAAAGUGACUCGUCCCCAUGGAAACAGUGGUGCUGUUAGGGCCAAAUUCAGGAAAAAUCUACCAAGCAAAGCUAUGGGCAGACGUAUCAGGGUGGUGAGUGUUUUCUUUGUGAAACUUUUUUGA